AUGCUGGACAACGCCCAGGCGCUGGUGGCCGAGGCGCGAAAGAAGGGGGUUUUGAUCGUGCACGUGCCCAUCACGUUCACUGAUGACUACCGAGAGCUGCGGGCCGACGCGUACGGCAUCCUUGCAAACGUGAAGGCAGGCGGCGCCUUCAAGAAGACAGAGUGGGGCGGCGCCAUCUGUGACGCCAUGGCCCCCCAAGAGGGUGACAUCAUCGUGGAGGGGAAGCGGGGGCUGUGCGGGUUCGCAUCGACCAACCUCGAUUUCAUCUUGGGGCAGCGCAAGAUCGAGAACAUUGCUCUGGCGGGGUUCCUGACCAACUGCUGUGUUGAGUCGAGCAUGCGCAGCGCCUAUGAGAAGGGCUACCAUGUAUUCACGCUCAAGGACUGCUGUGCAGCCACCAGCCAAGAGGCACACGACGCAGCCAUCACGCACACGUUCCCCAUGUUCUCGGUCCCCGUCACCCACGGCGAGCUCCUUGCCAAGCUGGGGUAG